UAGGGCGGCGUGCGUGCGUGCGUGCGUGCGUGCGUGCGUGCGUGCGUCCGUCCGUCCGUUAGUCCGGUUCCGGUUCACUCCCGGUGCGGAAGUGCUGCGGCCGGGAAGCGGAGCGGUGACUGUGGGCGGAGAGGCGAGUCGUUAAGAACACAGCGAGAAAAUGGCUUCAAAGAGAGCGCUGGUCAUCCUGGCGAAGGGAGCGGAGGAGAUUGAGACGGUGGUCCCCGUAGAUAUCAUGAGACGCGCUGGAAUCAAGGUCACUGUUGCGGGUUUGGCGGGAAAGGACCCCGUGCAGUGCAGCCGAGAUGUCGUCAUCUGUCCCGAUGCCAGCCUGGAAGAUGCCAGGAAACAGGGGCCUUACGAUGUCGUGGUUCUGCCGGGAGGAAACCUGGGUGCCCAGAAUUUGUCUGAGUCUGCCGCUGUGAAGGAGGUCCUGAAGGAGCAGCAUGGCCGCCAGGGCCUCAUCGCCGCCAUCUGUGCAGGUCCUACGGCUCUGUUGGCUCAUGAAAUAGGUUUUGGAAGCAAAGUCACAACACACCCACUGGCUAAAGACAAAAUGAUGAAUGGGAACCACUACAGCUACUCGGAGAGCCGCGUGGAGAAGGACGGCCUGAUCCUCACCAGCCGCGGCCCGGGCACCAGCUUCGAGUUCGCGCUGGCCAUCGUGGAGGCGCUGAGCGGCAAGGAGGUGGCCGAGCAGGUGAAGGCCCCGCUGGUGCUGAGAGACUAGCCCGGCCCUGCUCCCCCUUCGUGUUCGUGCUGCUGGCGGGGAGGCCGGGCGCCGCCCUGGGAAAGGGGCGCCAGGCUUCCUCAGAUCCCCCCACGAUGUCCCCGCAUUUCCGAACCUCGUUACAGAAUAAACAGACGGAGCAAACUA